GUGUCGCGUCAGUCGUGCUCCAACCGCCUCGGUGGUCGUCCGCAUACGAUUUCUUUUCUUCCAUUCGUCGCACACUCUCGGCGCAUUCAGCGCACAGUCCAGUCACGAACGAGAUCGUUCCCCAAUAUUUCAUUAUAUUUUUUUCUGUGUGUAAUUCCACAACAUUUCCACUUGAAAAUUCGGAUCGAAUUUCAGGGGAAAAGAAACGAAAUAAAAUCCCGAAUUCAACACGUUUUCUGUUACACCACUCGGCGCGCUUCUAACCCAAAAAAAAGGAAACAACAGAAAAACAACCAAUUAUUAUAUCAUGCGAAUACAGUGACGAUGCGAUCCGCCGGCGGACGUACUCGGCGAUUUGGAUGUUCCAGUGAAUUUUGAAUAUUAAUAUUCCAACAUUCCUCCCUUACUGGCAAGCGAGAAAAUUGCAGACAUUUGUUGAGAAACGGUUCAUUAAAAAAUAAAGAAAAGACAAAUUUUCAAUGAUGGAUUUCGAGAAAAAAGAAAAUCGCGUGUCCAUGUCAGAAUGCGCCCAAGUGACGCCGGAUUCGCCGAUUGAUUUGAGCCAACUGUCGUCGAGAUGCCGCAGUGUCGACCUGACGAACCGCUCCGUUUCCGAGAGCUGUUUGGCGCCCACUGCGGCCGUUGCGGCCAAGAAGAGACGGAUCCACGGAUUCAAGGAUCCGCUUCCGCCACCGGCUCCGCUGAUGGCCGACCACACCACGACAGCCGCCGAUUCGUUGAAAUAUCGAUCCAUGUCUCACGCCGAUAUUGCCGGAUACAGGACGCCGUGGCUGUCGGCUGAAGUGACUGAAUCCUCUUCCUCUAGGAUCCCGUCCCAAACAUCCGCAUCCGCAGCUCCGGUCGCCGAGCUAUCAACCGCAGCCGCCGCUUUAUCCGCCGCUGAAACGUUGAAAUUUCGUUGCAUGAGCGAAUCGCGAUUGGCCGGCCCCGGCAACGCCGCUUUUCAUCCGACGACAAUCUUCCAGGGAAACAGCACUUCCGGCGGAAGGAGUCGGAAUUUGGGAACGACCAGCAGCUCGGAUCUUCUCCGGGCGGCCACCGACAACAGCCAACUCGAAUUCCUUUUGCGGCGCACCAACUCUGAAUCUGUCCUACCGUCCAGGUCGGGAGAAAUAGCCGGAUCGGCGGCCCUUGAGAUAUUCAUGCGGCAACAGCUGAUGCUUCAGCAUUUAUUCGCGCAGCCGUCGCAGCAGGAUGGAAGCGAUCCAGGCAGUGGUUCCAGUAGUUCGUCUUCGUCAUCCUACCUGUCAUCGGCACCCAAUUGGCUCCUAGGCAUUUACGGCUACGGAUACACGCAGCUCCUUCAAGCAUCUCAGCAGCAACAGAUUGCCACCGAUCCGGCAACCGGUUCCGGACAGAUUUCGGGUGGGCCAAGCUCACCGGCUGUUGGCGCAGUAUCCAUCAGCGGAUCGGAUGGUGAAGGUGAAAUGGAAGAGGAGGAUAUGGAGGCUGGCGAGUUCUCUCACGGUAAGAAGCGAUCACCGCGAGCUCUGACGGGUAAACACGUCAAACUGGGCACGGGGGCCAGCCCGGUUGUCUUGAGCAAGUUGAGACUCAAAGUCCAGGAGAGCCAGCGAAUGAAACUCGUCAAAAAAUCCAUGCCGUCGGGCUCCGCCUUUGCAUCCGCCGCCGCCGCCAAGAAGAAUGGAUCAAAACUUAAGAGUCGAGCCAAGUGAAAAGCUUUUCACAUCAAAUGUUCACACAAGAGUUUGGGACGGAAAAAAAUUAAUGACCUGUCGGAAAUCCAGGGUGACACAAAAACAAAACAACAAUGGUGUUUGUUCUUUUGUUUUAUUGUUUUUUUGAAAUAUUUAUCGAAUUGAAUUUUAUUGAAUCGAAUUCCAAGUAUGGCGAGAGGUUUCGCCAUUUCUCGAGUCUUCCGGAUCAAAGUGGCCAAUUUCAUAGUUUUUCAUUAUCAAACAAUUUUUUUUAUUUUAAUUAUCCGGAAUUUAUGGCUUUCCCCAAAUUCGAAUUUCUUUUUUUUUUCCUUAAAGAAAAACUAAUAUUCGUACCCUUAAUGAAGAAACCCAGUCAUUCCACAAAAAUAAAAUAACAUGUUUUUGAAAAAAAUCAACCAAUCAAAAAAUUCCUCUUUUUAAAAAAUAUUUGAUUUUUUUUUUCAAAUCGAUGAUUUUGAAAACGGACGAUCCAGUGACGAUAGAAAUUGAAUUAAAAAAAAAAGCUUCACAGCCUUUUAUUUUUCCUUCAAAAUAUAAAAAGAAAAAUUGCCUCAGGAUGUCUAAAGUUUGUAGAGCCCGCCGAUCUCAUUGUCUCCACCGUUGAAUCAUUCGAUUCCCAAAUUAUGAUUCGGCGAUUAUCUCUUGCGUAUAAUAUUUUUUUAAUGAUUAUGUGUAUUUUUUUUCUCCUUCCUUAUUUUCUCCCAUUUCUUUUAUCUGCAAAAUUCGCAUCGAAAAAGUGCGACAUCCGGCACUUGCGGACCAAAUGAAUUAAAACAUAAGAAAAAAGUAAUGAAAAAAA